AGAAGGAGGCGCUGAAGGCCGGCAAGCGCGAGAAGGCGCUGGUGGCGCAGCUGGCCGCCGCGCAGCUCGAACUGCAGAUGACCGCGCUGCGCUACCAGAAGAAGUUCACCGAGUACAGCGCGCGCCUCGACUCGCUCAGCCGCUGCGUGGCCGCGCCGUCGGGGGGCAAGGGUGAAGAAACCAAAAGUCUAACGCUCAUCCUACAUCGGGAUUCUGGCUCCCUGGGAUUCAAUAUUAUUGGUGGCCGGCCUUGUGUGGACAAUCAAGAUGGAUCAUCCAGUGAAGGAAUCUUUGUAUCCAAAAUAGUUGACAGUGGGCCGGCAGCCAAGGAAGGAGGCCUGCAAAUUCAUGACAGGAUUAUUGAGGUAAACGGCAAAGAUUUAUCCAGAGCAACUCAUGACCAGGCUGUGGAAGCUUUCAAGACAGCCAAAGAGCCCAUUGUGGUCCAGGUACUGAGGAGGACACCUCGGACCAAAAUGUUCACGCCACCUGCAGAGUCGCAGCUGGUGGAUACAGGCACUCAAACUGACAUCACCUUUGAACACAUCAUGGCACUGACCAAGAUAUCUUCACCCAGCCCACCUGUGCUGGACCCCUACUUGCUGCCAGAGGAGCACUCCUCAGCCCAUGAAUACUAUGAUCCAAAUGAUUACAUGGGAGACAUGCAUCAGGAGAUGGACAGAGAGGAGCUGGAGCUGGAGGAAGUAGACCUCUACAGAAUGAACAGCCAGGACAAGCUGGGGCUCACCGUAUGCUACCGGACAGAUGAUGAAGAUGACAUUGGCAUUUAUAUAAGUGAGAUUGACCCUAACAGCAUUGCAGCCAAGGAUGGGCGCAUUCGAGAAGGAGACCGCAUUAUCCAGAUUAAUGGAAUAGAGGUACAGAACCGUGAAGAAGCUGUGGCUCUUCUGACCAGUGAAGAAAAUAAGAACUUUUCAUUGCUGAUUGCAAGGCCUGAACUCCAGCUGGACGAGGGAUGGAUGGAUGACGACAGGAAUGACUUUCUGGAUGAGCUGCACAUGGACAUGCUUGAGGAACAGCACCACCAGGCAAUGCAGUUCACAUCCAGCGUGUUCCAGCAGAAGAAGCACGAGGAAGAUGGAGGGACCACCGACACCGCCACCAUCAUGUCCAACCAGCACGAGAAGGACAGCGGCGUGGGGCGGACGGAUGAGAGCACGCGCAACGACGAGAGCUCCGAGCAGGAGAACAACGGCGACGACGCCACGGCCUCCUCCUCCAACCCGCUGGCGGGCCAGAGGAAGCUCACCUGUAGCCAGGACACCCUGGGCAGCGGCGACCUGCCUUUCAGCAACGAGUCCUUCAUCUCGGCCGACUGCACCGACGUGGAUUACCUGGGCAUCCCGGUGGACGAGUGCGAGCGCUUCCGCGAGCUGCUGGAGCUCAAGUGCCAGGUGAAGAGCGCCAGCCCCUACGGCCUGUACUACCCGGGCAGCCCGCUGGAGGCGGGCAAGAGCGACCCCGACAGCGUGGACAAGGAGCUGGAGCUCCUCAACGAGGAGCUGCGCAGCAUCGAGCUGGAGUGCCUGAGCAUCGUGCGCGCGCACAAGAUGCAGCAGCUGAAGGAGCCGUGCGCGCGCGAGCCGUGGAUGCUGCACCACAGCGCCUUCCGCAACUACAACACCAGCAUCGACCUGCGCCGCCACGAGCUCUCCGACAUCACCGAGCUGCCCGAGAAGUCGGACAAGGAUAGUUCGAGCGCCUACAACACCGGGGAGAGUUGCCGCAGCACGCCGCUCACCCUGGAGACCUCCCCGGACAACUCUCUCCGGAGAGCGGCCCAGGGCGCCCCCACGGAGGCCUACGGGCCGUCCCCCAAAAAUCUGCUCGCCAUCACCGAAGACCCCGAGACCAUCACCCCGAGUUACAACAACCCGGCCGCCAAAGAGCUGGACCCCGGCCUGUCUCCGGAGAGCAAGGAUCACCGCGCCGGGGGUGGGGACGGCCGGAGCCCCAGCGCCAGCCCCCCGAAGCUGGGCGGCGGCGCCUACCUGUCCCCGUACCCCCACUCCCCGUACAAACACGCGCACAUCCCCGCGCACGCGCAGCACUACCAGAGCUACAUGCAGCUCAUCCAGCAGAAGUCGGCCGUGGAGUACGCGCAGAGCCAGAUGAGCCUGGUGAGCAUGUGCAAGGACCUGAACUCCUCCCACUCGUCCACCGAGCCCCGGAUGGAGUGGAAGGUGAAGGUCCGCAGCGACGGCACGCGCUACAUCACCAAGAGGCCCGUGCGCGACCGGCUGCUGCGCGAGCGCGCGCUGCGCAUCCGCGAGGAGCGCAGCGGCAUGACCACCGACGACGACGCGGUGAGCGAGAUGAAGAUGGGGCGCUACUGGAGCAAGGAGGAGCGCAAGCAGCACCUGGUGAAGGCCAAGGAGCAGCGGCGGAGGCGCGAGUUCAUGAUGCAGAGCCGGCUGGAUUGUCUGAAGGAGCAGCAGCAGCAGCAGCAGCAAGGGGCGGACGACCGGAAGGAGGUCAAUAUCCUCGAACUGAGCCACAAGAAAAUGAUGAAGAAGAGGAAUAAGAAGAUCUUCGACAACUGGAUGACCAUCCAGGAACUCCUCACGCACGGCACCAAGUCCCCGGACGGCACCCGGGUGUACAAUUCCUUCCUGUCCGUGACGACUGUAUGACUCUCAUGUCUGCAGGGUGUACAUAAGAGACCAGCUCCCGUUGGGGUAGAUGAGAUUCCUGCCUCGUUCAAUGCGGCAAGAUUUGGGGUUUGUUUGUUUGUUUGUUUGUUUUGUAUAUAAGAUAACCGCAGUCAUCGUGUGGAUAGGUCAACCUGGCCACCCCCUACAGCUUCGGGUGUCACAGCGCUGUCUGAAGUGGAGGUUAAAAUAAUUAAUAAUAAUGAAUAACAAUACACCCUUCCUGUCUUAGAAGGCAAUAUUAACAAACAGCUUUUUUCAAAUAGCAAUUGUACUUUUUUACUUGUUACCUUUUGCAUAAAGUGUUUAAAUUUCCAAAAAAAAAAAAGAUUUUAUUAAGCAUACUUUCACAGAAUAAUUUGUUUAAACUAUAUUCUUAUUGAAAAAAAAAGUUACACACGCUUUUUUGUUCCUGCCUAAAACACAAAAACAACUUCCAGUAUGUAUUUUUAAUGGAACCCUAUUUUAUAAUGUUACUUUGUCGAUUGUCUAUCAUCCUUGUGGCCAUUAAUAUAUUAAGUGGGUCGAGGUUUCAACUCAAAACCACCAAACCCUGUAUUUAACAAUUUAACGCACAUAAUCAGACCAGCAGUGUUUUAGAGUUGAAAUGUACCUUUUAAUUUUUUUUUCCUGGUUAUGGUUCUCAAGAGAGUGUCGCAGUUUUGACAGAAAGCAAAAUUUCAUGCAGCUUUUAUGGAAGUUCAAAGCAUGUUGGCAAAUAUUGCAACCUGUUGGGAGAAUUUGCAUGUACAGGAAAGUUGUCUGGUGGAGACUGUUUGUGGAAUUUUAAGUGUUCAUGGUAGUAAACCUUUGCUUUGUAGAUUCAAAGAUAACAGACUUAUCCAAGCAAUUUUCAUGAAACCAUUAGUUACAAACAUUAAGUCAAA